UCACUAGUGAUAGGGAAAAAAUAGGGGGAAGGACAAAGGAAAGAGUGAUGCCUACACUAAAUCAAUUGAUUCUUCAUGGUGGAGAAGAAAAACAGCAUAAGGACUGUACUCAAGCUUCGGAUCAAUGUCCCUAAAAUCAAGGAGUACGCCCGCGUGUUUCGACGAUAACACUGAAAAUACCUAAUUCAGCUCUACGUAAGAUAGCUAAAGUACAGUUGAGCAAUUGACAUGAUAUAUUUGUUCAGAUUCCAAGCGAAGGUCAUAAUUUGUAGGAACAUUCUAUGUUCUUAAUAAGAGGAGGUAGAGCAAAAGAUUUGCCAAGUGUCAAAUCCCAUUGUAUUCGAGAAGUCAAGCAUUUGCUAGGAAUUCUAGAUCAAAGAAGAGGUAGAUCAAAAUAUGGUGCGAAAAAACCAAAAUCGAUAUGA